AUGACCGCAACUAGUAUGCAGCCUAUAUUACAAGAUGACCUCACAUUAAUUGUUACGAGAUUUCGUACACAUAAAUAUGCAUUUUCAGCUGAUAUUAAAAAAAUGUAUAGGCAGGUAUGGGUUGAUAAUGCAGAUAGAGAUUAUCAGCGCAUAUUGUGGCGCGGUGAUCCUAAUGAGCCUAUUAAGAAAUAUAGAUUGUGUACAGUAACCUACGGAACGGUACCUGCAAGUUUCUUAUCGGUUGCGUGUCUUCAUAAAUCGGCGGAUGUAAAUAAAAUACGUCCGGAGAUAGCUCAGAUAAUAAAGCAUGAUUUUUGUGUUGACGAUUGUUUAACGGGCGCCUCAACAUUAUCGGAGGCUUUAAAUUUGCGUAAUGAAUUAAUUAAAUGUUUAAGUAACAAUGGAUUUGAAUUAAGCAAGUGGACAGCUAAUCAUGCCGAUUUAUUAAAAUAUAUACCAAUUCCUAAUGAAAAUUCACUAUACUCGUUAAAUAUGGAAACUGAAGCAAUAAAAACAUUAGGUUUGUAUUGGGAUUCAAACUCGGAUAGUUUCAUUUAUAAAGUGUCUUUACCAAUACCUGAACAUAAGAUAACCAAACGAAGUAUUUUAUCUAAUAUAGCACGUCUAUUUGACCCGCUCGGAUUGCUCGGACCGGUUAUCGUGAUAGCUAAAAUAUUAAUGCAACAAUUAUGGAAAUUAAAAAUAAAUUGGGAUGAUGAAUUAUCAACAGAAAUUCAAGUAAAAUGGAAAAAAUAUUUAAAGGAUUUAAAUCAAUGCAAUAAUCUAAGUGUCCCGCGCUGGUUGCAGUGUGACGACACAGAAAAAAUAUAUAUACACGGAUUUGCCGAUGCAUCGUGCAAAGCGUACGGGGCUUGUUUAUAUGUAGUAUGCACGCGCGCGGACGGUAGUCGCCACUCACAACUAAUAUGCGCAAAAUCAAGAAUUGCGCCGAUAAGUAUAAUAACAAUACCGCGAUUAGAGUUAUGCGCUGCCUUACUAUUAUCAAAAUUAAUAAAAAAAAUAGUUCCAGCGUUACGAAUUAAUGUUACGAAUAUUUAUUGCUGGAGUGAUUCUAAGGUGGUACUAGCGUGGAUCGCAUCGGAUGCAAUGCGUUGGAAACCGUUCGUUGCAAAUCGUGUGAGUAAGGUUCAUAAUUUAACAUCACAGUAUUCAUGGUCGUAUAUUAAUACGAAGGAGAACCCGGCUGACAUUUUAUCCAGGGGAUGUGAUGUUCAAGAUAUACAAAAAUGUACAUUGUGGUGGAACGGACCCGCAUGGUUGACGGACGAGCACGCGAGAUGUGAAGAACUCUGUCAAGUACACGAAGAUGAGGAGACACUAUGUGAAGAGCGAAAGCAGUCGAACACAGUAGUAAUGGUCGCUGAAGUAAAGGCAAAUUAUUUUAUACAACUGUGUGAAAAAUAUUCAAAAUUAAAUCGGUUUCAGCGUGUGUUUGCCUAUACAUUGAGGUAUGUGCAUAAUAUUUCAAGUAAAUUAAGAGCAAAAGAAAGAUACUCGGGUCCUCUCAGCAAUGACGAGAUCCAAAAAUCGGUAAAAAUAUUCAUUAGGCUCUUACAAAAUCAAUUUUUUGGGGAAGCGCUUCAAAAUAAAAAAUUGCAGUCAUUAAAUCCUUUCUUCGACAACGACAGUAUAUUGCGUGUGGGUGGCCGACUUGGAAACGCGACAGAUUUAACUUAUGACCAACGGCAUCCAAUUAUCAUACCAUAUUCGUGUCAUUUUGAUACACUAAUUUUUAGAAACGAGCACGAAAUGUCAUUACAUGCUGGGCCCCAAGCCAUGUUGGCAAAUGUACGAUUAACAUAUUGGCCGAUAAACGGUCGUCGAACCGCUCGAAAAGUCGCCCAUAAAUGUAUUGCGUGUUUUAAAAAUAAACCUAAUAUUGUAGAACCAAUUAUGGGUAUUCUACCAAAACCAAGAGUGAACCGACCAUUAAGAUGUUUCGAAACUACGGGUGUUGAUUAUGCGGGACCAAUAUUAAUGAAGUCGCACGCACGUAGAAACGCACAGCUACAGAAGGCAUAUAUAUGCAUUUUUUUAUGUUUUGCAAGUAAGGCUGUACACAUAGAGCUAGUAUGUGAUCUCAGCACGGAUGCCUUUAUAGCUGCCUUGCACCGGUUUAUAUCAAGAAGAGGUAAAUGCCAUACCAUAUAUUCCGAUAAUGGUACUAAUUUCGUGGGUGCUAACAAAAAGUUAAGUGAUUUGUCCACACUUCUUCUUUCCGAACAGCACAAAAUUCGCGUUCAAGACACGUUAACACUACACGAAAUUACGUGGAGGUUCAUACCGCCUCGGUCCCCCCAUUUUGGUGGUUUGUGGGAGGCUGCAGUCAAGGCCGUAAAAAAACACUUGAAUCGAACGAUUGCAAAUUCACGGUUAACUUAUGACGAACUAUAUACGGUACUAACACAGAUAGAAUGUUGCUUAAACUCCCGUCCUUUAAUCCCUAUAUCCGAAGACCCUACGGAUUUGAAUGUCCUUACUCCCGCCCACUUUCUAAUAGGUAGCUCACUACGCGCACUGCCUGAGCCUGACGUGAGAGAUAUAUCUAUUAAUAGAUUGUCUCGAUGGCAAAGAGUGCAGCAACUUGUCCAACACGUUUGGGCACGAUGGAGCAAGGAGUAUUUGGGGCAACUACAGGGACGAAACAAGUGGUCCAAAUGCAGAGGACCAUCCAUUCAACCUGGGACGAUGGUGUUAAUAAAGGAGAAUAACUUACCUCCUUUAAAGUGGUUAUUAGGCAGAGUCACAAAUGUUCACCCAGGACCUGAUGGUGUCAUAAGGGUAGCUACGGUGCAUACGAAUUUGGGAUCAAAAAAGCGAGCUGUUCGGUUAUUAUGUCCAUUACCCAUAGACACAUGA